AUGAAACAAAGACAAGCCCCUGGUACUCAGACUAGCAGACGCAAAGAAUUAGCACCAAUCAAGAAAGUUGUAGGCAAAGGGUCACUUCCGGGUCAGAGACGACCAGUUAUAAUGGACCCCGAGAAAGCAGCCAUCUACAGAGAAGGCCUGGCAAAGGAUAAACACAUCGUGGAUGCAUUGACAGACCACACCCGUGAAGCCUGGGGCCAUGAUGGAUUGAGCCCAAGGCCGGUUGGCAACGGCAAGCCAACGGUCCCGUACACAGUAUCAGCUCCAAAGUUCCACUCUUACCUAAACUUCCUUCGAGGACACACAUCCACUGAUCGACCAGGUCACCUGACCGACAGAGAUGCCAGCUACUGUAGAGGCAUACGGGCGCCCAAGAGGAUGACAAUGGACGACGCCAGACUACGCCGGCUGCUGGAAGAGCUGUACAAGGACAAGAAGUACAUGGACACUAUCAUUGAUGCAGAAGAAUCUAACGAUGACGAGAAAGUGAAGCAAAUGGCCACUCACGGGCGGGAAUACUUGCUGCAGAUGGCGCUGUACUGGGAGGAAAAAGGCCCACUCCCCCAGCGCCCGUCCGUCACUGCUAUUGGGUUUAAACUUGAACGAUCCAAAUCAGCUUUCAUCCAGGACGACACAGACACACAAAGACCAUCAAUUGCGCGGCAUAAAACAGUAUGCUGACACCAAGGCCCCGGAUGUAACUUUCUG